UUGGCCCUGGUGGUGCUGGAGUGGGACUUGGUGGAGCUGGGAUAAGACCUGGUGGUGCUGGAGUGGGGCCUGGUGGAGCUGGAUUUGGGCCUGGUGGUGCUGGAGUGGGACCCGGUGGAGCUGGAUUUGGCCCUGGUGGAGCUGGAUAUGGCCCUGUUGGUGCUGGAGUGGGGCCUGGUGGAGCUGGAGUUGGUCCUGGUGGAGCUGGAGUUGGGCCCGUUGGGGCUGGAGUUGGUCCUGGUGGAGCUGGAGUGGGACCAGGUGGAGCUGGAUUUGGUCCAGGUGGAGCUGGUGUUGGGCCAGGUGGCACUGGAGUUGGGCCUGGUGGAGCUGGUGUUGGACCUGGUGGAGCUGGAGUUGGGCCAGGUGGAGCCGGAUUUGGGCCAGGUGGAGCUGGAAUUGGGCCAGGUGGAGCUGGAUUUGGGCCAGGUGGAGCUGGAAUUGGACCCGGUGGAGCUGGAGUCGGGCCAGGUGGAGCUGGAUUUGGGCCAGGUGGAGCUGGAGUCGGACCUGGAGGGGUACCUUUGCUGCCACAAACUGGAACAACAGGAGGAGGACCUGGAGGAAAGAGUGGUGGAAAAGCAUCUAAGCAAGUGCCAGGAGUUGGGGUGCCAGGGCUGUAUCAAGGUGGAUAUGUACCAGGCCAAGGUUUUGGUGGCCGUGGUGUUCUCCCAGGGGUGGCCACUGGAAAUGGACUUGGACCUCAAAGUGGGGCCGGAGUACUUGGUCAAGGGAGCACUGGGCCUGGAGGAUCUGGUGGUAUGUGCAAGAAUGUGUUAA